AUUUCUUGGGAAAGUAACAGAAAAUAUUCGGGUUUAGUAAUUUCUCAGCAGGCACUCUGGCAGCGGCCGUGAUGACAGUCCGCGUUUCUUGUUUAUCGAUAUUUCUUGCCUAACUUUCAGCUGCAGAUUGCUUGUUUGCUUGAUUUCUUAUACUUUACACCUUUUUUUUUUCUUUCUCGGCAACCAAAAGAAUACUGUUAUUCGUUGUUGCUCCCCCCGCCCCUUUCUUUCUUUUGUUGAAUUCUUUGAGCGGUUCCCUACCCUUUCUGUAGCGAAUACACCGUAUCGAAUUCUCUCUUUGCCGUUCUUGAAAUCUUACGUCACAGAUCUCUCUAAUUUGACUUCGUUAAAUCACAAAUGCAGUUCUGUAGAUACGCUCCACCUUGGGUCUGUCGGAUUCUGGCGUGCAUGGGCAAGCAUCAAUCUGGUGCAAGGAUUUUGCAUUCUUUCCUUGGAUCCCUGGGAAGCUGCUAAUAAGAUAGAGCAGAGGCUGUAUUGGAUACUCCACAAUACCUCGAGCAAAUACAUUGAUGGAUGGUGCAUCUGAAGUUCAAACAGUGAAAGAAGACAAGAGAUCAGAAGAUUUAUCAAGCAGCUGCACCUUUGAAAUGGAUCAGAGUGCAGCUCAGUCAAUUGGCACACCAAACCUACCAUCUGUUCCUCAAACUAGUGCUGACCCUCAGAGUGAUCACAUUGAUUUUGUUAAUCGUGGUCUACUUCUUUGGAACCAGAUGAGGGAGCAAUGGAUUCAAAAGGGAAGAUCCGAGAGGCGGCCACAAGUUGGAGAACCCAGAAUAAGGACAUGGUUGACUUUCUUGUCGAUGUUUGGGAUCAGGAGGGUCUCUAUGACUGAACAGCCAAAAAAUAGCUCUCUUCAGCAAAAUUUGAAAGAGGAAAAUGAUUUGUUUGCCACAAGACCCCAGGGAGACAAAAAGAACAAGAUUUGUGUUACAAGAUGUGGCUAUUCCUCUGCCAAUUGUUAUUCUAAAAACAUACUUAUUAGAAUACGUAUCAAACACAAGUGCAAAAUGAAAGAAAACCACUCCGAAUCUGGCUUUAUAUAACUGGUCGGAAAUUUCAAUUCAGUGGGUUGGUCUAAA